AUGGCGAUCUCCAAGCAAAACCUGCCCAUCCGAAGCAUAACUAACCAACCCCGGCCGGAUGACCAGGCUUACAAUAACGCUCCUUCACCUAACGAGAUGGUGGUCGACACCGGUGACUACCUCGACGUCGACAAUGACCCGGAGAAGGACCCUGUAGCCAUCAUCAGCCCCGAAAACCUUGACCAAGAAGCCGAUCAACUUCAAGAUCUACCCGUCGCCGAUGACUAUGAGGCUAUGAAAGAGAUUGUUCUCCCACCACUACUUGACGAGCCGAACAUCAUCGACGACUACACAGAUAACUGGACUGUUACAAAUUGGCGAAAUCUCGGAAAGCGUGAACAUGGCCCAACAUUCCAAGCAGGAGGAUAUCCUUGGCGAAUCCUGCUCUUUCCACACGGCAAUAAUAUCGACCAAUGCUCCAUCUACCUUGAACACGGCUUCGAACCAAAUGAAGUACCUGAAAACUGGAGUGCAUGCGUCCAAUUUGGUUUGGUUCUCUGGAACCCGAACGACCCUAGUAUAUAUAUCCACCACUCUGCCCAUCACCGAUUCACUAAGGAGGAAGGCGAUUGGGGCUUCACACGAUUUGUUGAGCACAGACGGAUGUUCAACGUCCCCUGGGAGGGAGGCACCCGGCCAUUGUGCGAGAACGACACCGCCAACAUCACAGCUUACCUUCGCUUUGUCGAGGACGAGACUGGUGUACUAUGGCACAAUUUUAGCAACUAUGACUCCAAGAAGGAGACUGGAUAUGUCGGCUUAAAGAACCAGGGAGCAACUUGCUACCUCAACUCACUUCUACAGAGUCUGUACUUCACAAACGCAUUCCGACAAGCCAUCUACGAAAUUCCCACCGAGAACGACCAGAGCAAGCAGAACAGUGCAUACACAUUACAGCGCUUAUUCUAUCAACUUCAGACCUCUGAACAGGCCGUUGGAACCAACGAGCUCACGAAAUCGUUUGGUUGGGAAACCCGACACAUUUUCGAGCAGCAGGAUGUGCAAGAGCUAUCCCGUAAGCUAAUGGAGCGCAUGGAGGAGAAGAUGAAGGGAACAAAAGCCGAGACAGUACUUCCCGAAAUGUUCAGCGGGAAGAUCAAGACCUAUAUUUCCUGCAUUAAUGUGGACUACGAAUCGAGCCGAAUCGAGGACUUUUGGGAUAUUCAGCUCAACGUGAGCGGCAACAAGAGCCUCCUCGACAGUUUCAAAGACUACAUUCAAGUCGAAAAGAUGGAAGGCGAAAACCAGUACUUUGCCGGCGAUCAACACAAGCUGCAGGAUGCCAACAAAGGUGUCAUCUUCACCAGCUUCCCCGACGUGCUGCAUCUCCAGUUAAAACGAUUCGAGUACGACAUUCAGCGCGAUAUGAUGAUGAAGAUCAAUGAUCGAUAUGAAUUCCCAGAGACUUUUGAUGCGGCGCCCUACUUAGUGGAGGAUGCUGACAAGUCUGAGCCCUGGAUUUAUCAGCUACAUGGUGUGCUGGUCCAUAGUGGCGAUCUUAAUGCCGGUCAUUACUAUGCUUUCAUCAAACCCGGAAAGGACGGCUGGUUCUACAAAUACGAUGACGAUAAGGUGACCAAGGCGACUCUUCGCGAAGUUCUUGAAGAAAAUUUCGGAGGAGAAUACAGAACACCCAAUGGGUACCCUCGAGCACCCUUACAAAAGAAGGCCCCUAUCAUCCGCCAGAAUAGCGCGUACAUGUUGGUGUACAUUAGGCAGUCGAGAGUUGAGAAGAUUCUCAGACCUGUCACUCAAGAUGCCGCCCCGAAACAUCUACAGGAUCGCUUUGAGGAGGAGACAGCCUUGAAGGAGGCUCGAGUCAAAGAGCAAAAGGAGGCACAUCUGUAUAUGAUGGCUAAAGUCGUGACGCCUGAAUCAUUUAAGAAUUAUGGGGGCACCGAUAUGUGCUCAUUCGAGAGCAACCCGGAUACUGACGUUGCUGCUCCCAAAUCUUACCGUAUUCGACGAUCUAUGACCAUGGAGGAAUUUUCUGCGCAAAUCGCAGCUGAUAUUGGUCAGGAUCCAAAGCGAAUUCGUCUCUGGCUCAUGGUCAAUCGCCAAAAUAGAACCGUCCGGCCCGAUCAACCUAUUAUGGAUCUUACCCCAACUGUAGAGGAGAUCUAUGCCAGAUCCGCGGCCCACCGUGAUUCAGCUCUGCGUCUGUGGGUCGAAGUCUCCAAUGAGAUCAAGGAGAAUGGAGAUGUCGCCUGGCCGUCAUUCCAAAGCCAGCCAAAUGGCGCUGUCGUUAAGAGCGACAUCAUACUCCUCUUGCUCAAACACUUUGAUGUCCAAGCCCAAACGCUCAACGGCGUAGGCCAUGUGUACAUUUCCAAGGAGAAGAAAGUUGAAGAUCUCGUUCCAUUCAUUUUGGAAAAGAUGGGGUGGACGGAGAAGGUAGCUGAGGAGGAGAAGCUUCUUCUUUGGGAGGAAAUUAAACCAACAAUGAUCGAACCUCUCAAGCCCAAGCAGUCAUUGAAGGCAGCUGAGCUUCAAGAUGGCGACAUAGUUUGCUUCCAACUUGGUUCUGAGCGUAAGGCUGGGGAAACUGUUGCCGAGGAGCCCAACGCAACACUGGACACUUUUGAAGAUGCAAGGGAAUACUACGACUUCCUUGAGCACAGGAGAACGGUCAAAUUUUUGCCUCAUCCUUCAAAAACAGACCAGUCGCAGUUUGCGCCCUUUGAACUUGUGCUCAAUUCGAAGAUGCAGUACGACGCUCUUGCUGAGCGUGUCAGCACGCAAAUUGGCGUUCCUCCUACACAUAUUCGCUUCUGGACUGUCAAUUCGGCGACCAACAAUCCCAAGACCCCUGUGAAGCGAACCACCAACCCCAAUCUUCGUCAGAUCCUCAAUCCCAUGGCCAACAGCUUCAAUUCAAGCCAACGCAACGAUGCAUUCUAUCUAGAGAUUCUCGAAAUGAGCUUGGCCGAGUUCGACACCAAGAAGAACAUCAAGGUCACCUGGCUACCAGAAGGAAUCACGAAGGAGGAGCAAUUCGAUAUUCUGGUUCCCAAGACCGGCAACAUCGAAGAUCUAGUCCAGGGCCUGAUUAAGAAAGCCCAAAUUCCCGAUGAGACCGAAGGCGGUAAGAUCAGGAUAUAUGAGACCAGCUCGAAUAGGGUCUACCGGGAGCCUCCCAGAGACCAUCCUGUUCUGAAUCUUAGCGAGUACACUCAGAUCUAUGCCGAGCGUGUCCCCGAAGAAGAACUCGUAGCAGACGAGAACAACUUCAUCCAGGUUUUCCACUUCCAGAACGAAGUUAGCAGGACCCACGGCGUUCCCUUCAAAUUCCUCUUGCUCGAGAACGAAGUUUUCUCGGACACAAAGAAGCGGCUAGAGAAGCGCACAGGCCUUAAAGGCAAGAGCUUUGAGAAGAUCAAAUUUGCCGUUGUCCGCCGAGCGAACUAUUCGCAACCGCAAUAUCUCAACGAUGAUGAUCAACUUUGGAAUGCGGCUUCUUCAGAAGAUGACUACCUCGGCCUGAAUCAUGUGGAUAGAACAAGGUCAGUUAGGAAUGGCGCAGGUGACCUCUUCCUUCGAUAA